AUGGAUGGAGAGCAGGAUCACGACCCGGCCGCUAUGGACUCUGGAUGGGAGGCGCGGCGAGAUGAUGCCGGCGGCCAGAUUUACUACUGGAACUCAGUCACAGGAGAGACAUCCUGGAAACCUCCAGCACAUUUCCAUAAUGGUAGUGAUAUUCAGCCGUGGACGCAAGUUUCUGAUGACAACGGACACGUCUACUAUCUCAACACGGAAACGAUGGAGACGCGAUGGAUGCCACCACCUGCUGCUGUCCAGACCGAAGAAGAUGCAUAUGUCCCUAAUGUGCUUGCAAUAACGGGAGGGCGAGGAAGAAGACCAUCAACUGCUGAACAAGUAAGCGAGUUGAAUCGAUUACUUAGUGGAGCAGACGACGACAGUGGAGAAGAGAGUUCACUCCGUCAAAAAGAUGAUGCUCAUUAUGAAGAAACACGCGACACUUUAACGCCUGAACUUGAUUCCAAAAAUGCAUUAGAUGCUGAAGGCUGUCCGUGGAUGAUGUUUAUCAAUGAGGAUGACGGCGUACCUUACUACUACAACCACAUCACUGGUGAGUGUCUGUGGGAACCUCCAGAGAAAUUUCAUCGCUUCCACCAGGAUCAACCGCAACAGGAUCUUCAACAACUCGACGAAUUAAAUGUAGAGAAAGAAAAACUGGAACUUCCUGUAAUCGAAGAUAUCGCUGACCCACAAGACGAGCCGGCAGACUCGACUCUGUAUAAUGGGAUGCCAGAUAAUACUCCUUCACAAGUAGUAAUUACUCCAGACUUUGAAGAGAAAGUGCGACAAGCAAUUACGACAGUCUCCAAUACACCGGUGGGCUCAAGUAGACUGGUGCUGAUUCACACACCUACUAUUCAGCAACUCGCACCACGUUCAGAGGGCGAUAACAUCUCAGCUCGGGCCUCCGCUCGUCCGCUCAGUGGGUCGAAUUCCACACGUCUCGGCGGAUCCUCUCGUCCGUCCUCUGGAACACCUUCGACAACUGUCAUAUCUUCGAGACUUGAUACAGUUUUGCCCUCUACUGAAGCUUCUUCAACACUCGAAAAGGGGAUUGCAGUGAGUGUCGCCGGUAAUGAACAUCACGGUGAAGUUGCAGAGGCCCUAGUGGAUGAACUUCACACACUUACCGAACAAGUCGAUGAUGGACGAUUUUCUGUUAUUAUUCAAACUAGUAGUGUACAAGAAAGCAGGGCUGCUGCUGAUAGUACUGAAGUUACUAGUGAGGAAAAAGCCAUUUUCAAUGAGGCAACAAGAGACACUGACGAAGAAAAGCUGGCUGAAAACCAGAGGAUGGUCUUAGAGUCUGCUGAAGAGACAAUUAACCAGGACGGCGACAAUUGUCUAGACGAAGCAAACAAUGCACACCAAGAUUCAUUAGAAGCUACGAGGGAUAUGAAUGCGGAGGUUGAUGUUGUUGUAGAAGGUGAAGCAGCGACAGUAAUUGCAGAGGAGCGUUCUGAUAAAGCAGCUCUCGAACAAAGAAAUUAUAUCGCUGCACUGACACUCCAGUGCAUGGCGCGCGGUUUCGUUGCACGGCGGCGAGUGAAAAACAAACGUGAUGAGCGACAGCAGCAAAAUGCGGUUGGUACUGCAAAUAUUCGAACAAGCGAGGAUGUCAACACUAUUACUGCUGAACCCCCUGCUGUGACUCAAGCUGGUGAAAACAAGGAAAAUUUAAGUUCUUUACAUAAUCUUCCAGUACAUGAAACUUACCUGGAGGAAUCGCCCGAUAACCCUGCUCCGAGCUCACCACCUGAAGGCGCGUCCAUCAGCAAUGUGUAUUCAACCUUGCCUUUACCCUCUGGUGACCAGCAGACUUCAGCUGUGAGCUCUCUGAGAGCUACUUCAUCACGGAUUGAAGCCUUACCGAACACUCCAUUUGCUUUCCCGUCAGCGUCGUCUUCCAGCACUUCCACUAAAAAGCAACAUUCUACAAUCACGCUAUAA